GACCUCAUGUUGACACUUGACAGGUGCGAAACGAAAUUGACCCAAUACACAUAGUAUUCAUGUAUCGUGGAAGAAAAAAAAGAAAUAAACACGAUACAUUCCGUUAAAUUUCGGACGAGUUGGUCACUACUUCGUGUGCUCAUUAUUCAAGAGAAAGUCAACCUGUUCUACUGAUCCCAAUUUCACCAAGUAAUAUUUGUGUAGGUUUUAAGAGAUUUAUACUUGGUAUUUCCGUCUAUACAAAAGUUUCUGAAGAUGGCUGUAGCUUCAGAUUCCUUCCGCCUUUUGGCAGGAGAACUUAUCAAGAAUACAGAACGUUUAAGAGAUAUGUUAGCUGUAGUGGGUCUGAUUGUUGUGGGCAAGGUGGCUGUGGAUACCUCUGUAGCAUUCCUUAGUGCUGUACGAAUUUUCCUACUGUCCAAACUACGUUCCCUCUCCAACUUUAAGGAAAGAUAUGGACCAUGGGCUAUUGUCACAGGAGCGACUGAUGGUAUUGGAAAAGAAUAUGCUAGAGAACUUGCAAGACUUGGAGUGAAUAUUAUCCUGAUGAGUCGAAGCAUUGACAAACUCACAAAAGUAGCACAAGAAAUAGAGGCUGAAUUCCAUGUUGAAACACAAGUUGUGCAGGUAGAUUUUAGUGGCGGCCGCUCUAUUUUUGAUAAAAUCGCAGAAGCUAUUCGUGGAAAAGAAAUUGGAAUGCUUGUGAACAAUGUUGGUGUCAUGUACGAGAUGCCUAUGGAGCUAUGUGAGCUUAGCCCAGACGUCAUUUGGCAACAUGUGAACAUCAACAUGGGAUCUCUAACCAUGAUGUGUUGGCUAGUGUUGCCUCAGAUGUUACAGAGACGCCGUGGAGCGAUUGUCAACCUCUCUUCCAGCUCUUCUGUCGGUCCAUUGCCCUACAUGAAUAUUUAUUCGGCUUCCAAAAUCUACGUGGACUAUUUCUCUCGUGCGCUGUCUCAUGAAGUUCGUAAUUCAGGGGUCACUGUCCAAACUCUUAUCCCUUUCUACAUAGCAACUAAUCUUACCAAGUUUAGUGAUUUCAUUGGCCGCCAAUCAGUAUUGGUGCCCAAUGCUCAGACUUUCGUUCGAAGCGCCCUAUCCACCUUGGGCAUCUGUGACCGGACAACUGGGUACUGGUCUCACGAGUUACAGCUUUUCUCUUGCAAUGUUGUACCAACUUGGUUCUGGAUCCGCUUCGGUGGAAUGAUGCAACAGUUUCUUCGACGCGACGCGCUCAAAAAACGCAAAUAAUCAAGCAUCCAGUUUAUGAUCUAUGAUUGACUCGCGAACGGUAUGUGUGUGCUUAUGAGCGUAUGUCUGCGUGUCGCUGUAAUGAUGUAGAAUUCAGCUGUGAGCUAAUUAUUUAUCGCGAUUUAUUUCAUAGAAUUGUUUAAGAUAUAACUGAAAUUGCUUAAUCAAACAUUUAGUUUGGUGGACUGGUCUGUUACAUUACUGUUACUCGAUCAACUGUCAACUACUUCUUUUUGUCUCUUCUCACAGAGACAUUCUUCCGCAAAGUUUAUAUUCUUCCAGAUUUUUUGCUCAUUCCAAUGCUCCCUAAUCUAGAUUUAUUUGUCGUUCUUGAAUCUAUUUGCACCAAUAGUGUCCGAUGUUAAAAUACAAAUCCGUUAAACCAUAA